UCAAUAACAGUUUAUUUUAUAACACUGUUCACAUACAAUACCACUUGCUUCGUUUGCUCAAAGGCCGCUUGUCGUGUCGAACGAGAAUCGGAAUUUGUUGCCAUCGUCGGCUCAAUGAAAUGCGGAAUCUCCAUACUUACUGUCACAGUUUUGCUGAUUUUGCUAAGUGGUAUAAGCAGUCGCCGUUUGACCUUCAUCGUGGUGACCAUCGGCGACAACCCGCUGUAUGGAUUCUAUGCUUCAUGGCCGCAUUACGAAGUGGCAUUUCAGAAGGCUGCCUCCAUGUAUCCCGAUAUUUUCCGCAAUCAUACCGUACAGGUAUUUCACAAACCAGGAUUGCGGGACUGUUUGGACGCUGCAGCGGAGAUGUACGCCACAACCGGAGAUAUCUACGAUCUUCUGCAGAAAACAGACGGAUUUCCUAUUCUCAUGUCGCCGGGCUGCAGUCCCGAAAUGCUGACUCUUGCUGAUUUUUCCCGAGAGGUAAACGUGCCGCUAUUUGCCAGCACAUCAACUGAUGGAAGGUUUGUGAAUCGGCAACGGUACCCUACAUUUCUGGGAUUCGGAUCCACAAGCCAAGGCAACCAGGCACCAGCCACCAUUUCCCUGCUGAAAUAUUAUAAAUGGAGCACUGUCACGUUAUUUUGCGAUGAUCUCAUUCUACAUCCGCCGGCCAGUGCCUUUCUGGGUACUCUGUGCCGCACACUCAGGCCGAUGCUCAGCGGCAAUGCCGGCUAUGAAUUCUAUCUGGAAAGCUACGAUUCGAAAACUGAUCCCGGUUACGAAGCAAGAUUAAAGCGAGCAAAGUCGCAGAGCAGAGUGAUAAUCAUUCUGACUAGAGCGGACGAAUUACGGAAAAUUAUGAUUAUUGCACACAAGCUGAAUAUGACAAACAGCGAAUAUGUAUACAUUCACGCGGUACCAAACCAAGGACCUGAUUAUAUCCCACUGGAAGUCGAUACGGGAUCGCCUGACGAUCAGAUAAUCUUCAACGCCUAUAAACAGCUGAUCGCCUUGACCUUCGUCUUGCCCGACUACGGUCGCAUACAGUCCUACAUGGACAUCGUGAACAAACGGGCAAGGAACGUCUAUAAUUACACCUACGAUUACAAUGAAAAGCGCAAUGAAAUCACCCAAGCCAUUCCCGAGAUGAUCUUCUCUAUGGCAAAGGCAAUUAACGAAUCCGCGACGCCGAUCAGCGGCAUGGAACCCAAGGGAUUCCUCAAUUUGUUUCUGAGCAAGCGAUUCGAUAUUGGUGAUUUUCGAUCUGUUGUGUUCAGUCCCGUGGGAAUGCGGCUAUGUGAUACUUUCUAUUCGCGCUUGAAUACGACGAGCAGGACGUUCGAGAUUGCAUGGCAUUACGAUGCCGUUACCCGCGUCUUUACAAAACUGUCCCACUUGGCGGAUGAAUGGAACGGCAAUUACGCCCCACCGUUAAACCGUCCGGCUUGCGGAUAUCGGAAUGACCGCUGCACAACUGACGCCGACAUCAUGCCUAUAAUCGUUGGCGCUUUGUGUGGUAUAAUUGCUGUUUCCGCUAUCCUGAUUGGAAUUUCGAUCUACUGCAUAAAGCGAUCCGCUUAUAACGAUCAAUCCAAUUGGUGGCUGUUGGAUGCAAACCUACUGGAGCUGCCAAGCCCAGCAUCAAAAUGCGAUGUCAUUGAGGUGGGCAAAUAUCAAGGCGAACCGGCAUGGCUACGUCUGAUUCCCGACAGUGGAGUGCGAGAGGACGAACUGGUUUCUAAUGCAGCUCUACGGAAAUGUCUCGCUCAGAUUAAAGCCCUGCACAAUGACUGCAUUGCGACUUUUUAUGGGAUCGGUUUUCUGGAGAAAACCAUGUGUGUCGUAUGGGAAGCCGGUCGUGGCACGCUGCGCUCCAUUUUCGCCCACGAAACAAUCAUCGCGGAUAGUGCGAUACAAACCUAUUUCCUGUUCAACAUUUUAACGGGCCUCAAUUACAUUCAUAACAGGACGCCUUUCCGAAAGCACGGCAGUCUUUCCAGUCUCAGCGUGAUUUUGGAUGAUCGCUUUACGGCAAAAAUCUGCGAUAUCACUGCCAAACUCUUGCGAAUGACGGCCAGAAGAGAGGUCGACAUUAACGGUGGAGAUGUGGUUGUAGCUCCCGAAGGACAGUCUGGUAGUGCUUCCCAGGAGGCGGAUGUUUACUCCCUCGGAGUAAUUUUCUUUGAGAUAUUACGUGGACAUGCGGUGAUCUCGGCCAAAGAAAUUCAACUUGAGAGCAUGAAAGUAACGACUCCACUACAAACGCAAGCUCGCAACGUGAUUGGUCAGUGUUGCGCCGUUGAUCCCAUUGUCCGACCGACCGUCAGGAGUAUUAUGAAUACGUUGGGCAAAUACCAGCCGAGUGGCACAGUUGUCGGUAGUUUGAUUAACCGCCUUGAAAAGCAUGCCGAACAUCUGGAGCAGACGGUUGCGCACCGCACCGAGGAGCUUUUACUAGAACGGAAGAAAGUUGACCUGCUUCUGGCCGAAAUGAUCCCACCAUCAUUAGUUUCUUCACUGCGGAAUAAGAUCCUCGUGCCUCCGGAAUCGUACGACUGCUUGACGUUAUACUUUAGCAGUAUGGUGGGCUUCGACGUCUUCUGCAAAUCCCGGACACCCUUCGAAGUGUGCACCUUUCUCAAUGAGCUGUACACGUUUGUGGAUAAUCAGAUUGUCCCGUUCGACGUAUACAAAGUGGAGACCAUCAAAGACGGUUACGUCGUUGCCAGCGGGGUUCCAAUCAGGAACGAUAACGCACACUGCAACCAGAUAGCGUCCCUGGCGCUCCGCGUCUUACGCAACUGCACAACGGAUAAUCUUAAAACAUAUCUUCCAAUCAGAAUCGGCAUUCAUAGUGGACCGGUAGCUGCGGGUUUUGUUGGACUUUUGAUGCCCCGUUAUUGCAUUUUUGGGGACACCAUCAACACAGCCAGUAGAAUGGAAAGUCACGGAGAGGGUGAAUUGUCAAAUAUACGACACAUUAUGUUUCGCUACGAUUUCUUUUCAUGGAUCUGGUUUCGCGCAGAGAGAAAAAUCCAUGUAAGCCCUGACACAAAGCGUCUACUGGAAACGAAUGGGGAAUUUUUCCUUGAACCACGUGGACAGAUCAACGUCAAGGGAAAAGGAUGGAUUGAUACAUACUGGCUCAAGCCGGCAAGAAGCGCUGUAAUUUAAUUGUCUGCCAUUUUACGUUUUCCACUGGAAAACGUUUCUACUUGAAGAGCCCUUGUAGUCUUGCGUUAAUGCAGGUCAUUGACUGCAUUGCAUGCAGUAAUAAAGUUUAAUAACUCGAUAGAUGUCUCUGCUAACUGCUUACAUUGCUUACGUAAGUUACGUUAAUAAAGUUAAUAACUUGAUAGAUAUCUCUGAUAAC